GGGGAGGGUCCCCGGCCCCCAGGCGCCGCGCGCGGGGCUCCUGCCCAGCUUCCUGCCUCGCUCCGAGUCGCCGUGUCCGCCCCAGCCCGGAGCAGUUUGUGCAACUGGGAAACUCGAUAGGAGGCAGCAGCUGAUCUCCCACCACCCUAAAAAUAAUCCGCUCCGGCGCGCUGCCUGCUUCGGCUAGGGGAGGAAAACUGUCACCGGAGAGGUCUGCGUCCCGGUUUGAAAUUUACAUCUUCAGGCAGUUAUAGGAAGUGGAUGUUUUUGAAAGUAGCACAAGUGCACCGGUAGGGGUUUGAAGCAGCCUCAAGUUAUUGCCCAAGGAAAAAUAUUGUUUGUGACCAUUGCUAAAUCAAUUAUCAAUGAAAGGAAAGAAAGAAAAGAAUAAACCAUAUAAGAAGAAAUGAGCUUUUCAUUUUGUGGUAACAACAUCUCUGCAUAUGAUAUCUAUCGUGGUGUGUUAGAAAACCCCUGCUUUGUGGAUGCACUCAACCUGGUCCCCCAUGUCUUUCUGUUGUUCAUCACUUUUCCAAUAUUGUUUAUUGGAUGGGGAAGCCAAAGCUCAAAAGUACAAAUUCACCACAACACAUGGCUACAUUUUCCUGGACAUAACCUGAGAUGGAUUCUUACAUUUGCUCUCCUAUUUGUGCAUGUUUGUGAGAUAGCAGAAGGCAUUGUUUCAGACUCACGGAGGGAGUCCCGGCAUCUCCACCUCUUCAUGCCGGCUGUGAUGGGAUUCGUUGCCACUACAACAUCGAUAGUAUAUUAUCAUAAUAUUGAAACAUCCAAUUUUCCUAAACUACUUUUAGCCUUAUUCCUGUAUUGGGUAAUGGCCUUUAUUACAAAAACAAUAAAGUUGGUGAAGGACUGGCAGUCUGGUUGGGACAUAUCAGAUCUGCGUUUCUGCAUCACAGGCAUAAUGGUCAUCUUGAAUGGGCUCCUGAUGGCUGUGGAGAUCAACGUCAUUCGCGUCAGAAGAUAUGUAUUCUUCACGAAUCCUCAGAAAGUAAAGCCUCCAGAAGACCUCCAGGAUCUGGGAGUGAGAUUUCUUCAGCCAUUUGUGAAUUUACUGUCAAAAGCAACAUACUGGUGGAUGAACACACUUAUCAUAUCUGCUCAUAAAAAGCCUAUUGAUCUGAAGGCGAUUGGAAAGUUGCCAAUAGCAAUGAGGGCGGUAACAAAUUAUGUGUGCCUGAAAGAUGCAUAUGAAGAACAAAAGAAAAAAGUAGCCGAUCAUCCAAAUCGGACUCCAUCCAUCUGGCUUGCAAUGUACAGUGCCUUUGGGCGACCAAUCCUGCUUAGCAGCACAUUCCGUUAUCUGGCUGACUUACUGGGUUUUGCUGGACCUCUCUGUAUUUCUGGAAUAGUUCAGCGUGUGAAUGAAACCCAGAAUGGGACAAGUAACACAACUGGAAUUUCAGAGACCCUCUCAUCAAAGGAAUUUCUUGAAAAUGCUUAUGUUCUAGCAGUUCUUCUCUUCUUGGCGCUCAUUCUGCAAAGGACAUUUUUGCAGGCUUCCUACUAUGUAACCAUAGAGACUGGCAUUAACCUCCGUGGAGCUCUGCUGGCCAUGAUAUACAACAAAAUCCUUAGGCUUUCUACAUCUAACUUAUCCAUGGGUGAGAUGACCCUGGGACAGAUCAACAACUUGGUCGCCAUUGAAACCAAUCAACUCAUGUGGUUUUUGUUCCUGUGUCCCAAUCUAUGGGCUAUGCCUGUUCAGAUCAUAAUGGGAGUGAUCCUGCUCUAUAAUUUACUUGGAUUAAGCGCACUGGUUGGUGCAGCUGUCAUUGUGCUGCUUGCGCCAAUUCAGUAUUUCAUUGCUACGAAGUUGGCAGAGGCUCAGAAGAGCACACUUGAUUAUUCCACUGAGAGGCUGAAGAAAACAAAUGAAAUACUGAAAGGCAUCAAACUUCUAAAGUUGUAUGCCUGGGAGCACAUUUUCUGCAAAAGUGUGGAGGAAACAAGAAUGAAAGAGCUGUCUAGUCUCAAAACCUUUGCACUUUAUACAUCACUCUCCAUCUUCAUGAAUGCAGCAAUUCCCAUAGCAGCUGUUCUUGCUACAUUUGUGGCCCAUGCGUAUACCAGCAGGAACAGUCUGAAACCUGCAGAGGCCUUUGCUUCACUGUCUCUCUUCCAUAUCCUGGUCACCCCACUCUUCCUGCUCUCGACCGUGGUCAAGAUGCCAGCAAAUGCCAUCAUAAGUGUUCAAAAGCUGAAUGAGUUUCUCUUGAGUGAUGAGAUUGGUGACGAUAGCUGGAGAACUGGGGAAGGUUCCCUUCCUUUUGAGUCCUGCAAGAAACACACUGGAGUUCCGAAAACUAUAAACAGGAAGCAGCCUGGAAGAUAUCACCUGGACAGCUAUGAGCAAUCAACACGACGUCUACGGCCCGCGGAGACUGAGGAUAUCGCAAUAAAGGUCACAAAUGGAUACUUUUCAUGGGGCAGUGGUUUAGCUACAUUAUCCAACAUAGACAUUCGAAUUCCAACAGGUCAGUUAACCAUGAUUGUGGGCCAAGUGGGAUGUGGGAAGUCCUCACUUCUCCUUGCUAUCCUCGGUGAGAUGCAGACACUGGAAGGCAAAGUUCACUGGAGCAAUGUAAAUGAAUCUGAGCCUUCUUUUGAAGCAACCAGAAGUAGGAACAGGUAUUCUGUGGCUUAUGCAGCUCAAAAGCCUUGGCUAUUAAAUGCUACAGUAGAAGAAAAUAUUACCUUUGGAAGUCCUUUCAACAAGCAGAGGUACAAAGCUGUCACAGAUGCCUGUUCUCUUCAGCCAGAUAUUGACUUAUUACCAUUUGGAGACCAAACUGAAAUUGGAGAGAGGGGAAUCAACCUGAGCGGGGGCCAAAGACAGAGAAUCUGCGUGGCGCGAGCUCUUUAUCAAAACACCAACAUCGUCUUCUUGGAUGAUCCAUUCUCUGCCCUGGACAUUCACUUGAGUGAUCACUUAAUGCAGGAAGGGAUUUUGAAAUUUCUCCAAGAUGACAAAAGGACACUCGUUCUUGUGACUCACAAAUUACAGUAUCUGACACAUGCUGACUGGAUUAUAGCUAUGAAAGAUGGAAGUGUACUAAGAGAAGGGACUUUGAAGGACAUUCAAACCAAAGAUGUUGAGCUUUAUGAACACUGGAAAACACUUAUGAAUCGGCAAGAUCAAGAAUUAGAAAAGGACAUGGAAGCUGACCAGACAACUUUAGAGAGGAAAACUCUCCGAAGGGCCAUGUAUUCAAGAGAGGCCAAAGCCCAAAUGGAGGAUGAAGACGAAGAGGAAGAAGAGGAAGAAGAUGAGGAUGAUAACAUGUCCACUGUAAUGCGGCUCAGGACUAAAAUGCCAUGGAAAACCUGUUGGCGGUACCUCACUUCUGGAGGAUUCAUCUUGCUCCUCCUGAUGAUUUUCUCUAAGCUUUUGAAGCAUUCAGUCAUUGUGGGUAUAGACUAUUGGCUGGCCACCUGGACGUCAGAAUACAGUAUAAACAGUACUGGAAAAACUGAUCAGACCUACUAUGUGGCUGGAUUUAGCAUACUUUGUGGAGCAGGUAUUUUCCUUUGCCUGGUUACAUCUCUCACCGUAGAAUGGAUGGGUCUCACAGCUGCCAAAAAUCUUCACCACAAUCUUCUCAAUAAGAUAAUUCUUGGACCAAUAAGGUUCUUUGAUACUACACCCCUAGGACUAAUUCUCAAUCGCUUUUCAGCUGAUACUAAUAUCAUUGAUCAGCACAUCCCUCCAACUUUGGAAUCUUUAACUCGAUCAACACUGCUCUGCCUAUCUGCCAUCGGGAUGAUUUCUUUUGCUACUCCUGUGUUCCUGGUUGCUCUUUUGCCCCUUGGGAUUGCCUUUUAUUUUAUCCAGAAAUACUUCAGAGUUGCCUCCAAAGAACCUCCGAGACUUGAUGAACAGCACCCAGAACUUGCCCUGCUUUGCCACUUCUCAAAGAACAGCGAGGUCUCGACCACCAUUCGGGCCUUUAGGCAUGAAACCAGAUUUAAACAACGUAUGCUGGAACUGACGGACACAAACAACAUAGCCUACUUAUUUCUCUCAGCUGCCAACAGAUGGCUGGAGGUUAGGACGGAUUAUCUGGGAGCCUGCAUUGUCCUCACUGCGUCUAUUGCAUGCAUUAGUGGGUCUUCCAAUUCUGGAUUGGUGGGCUUGGGUCUUCUGUACGCACUUACGAUAACCAAUUAUUUGAAUUGGGUUGUGAGGAACUUGGCUGACCUGGAGGUCCAGAUGGGUGCAGUGAAGAAAGUGAACAGUUUCUUGACUAUGGAGUCAGAGAACUAUGAAGGCACCAUGGAUCCUUCUCAAGUUCCAGAACAUUGGCCACAGGAAGGGGAGAUCAAGAUUCAUGAUCUGUGUGUCAGAUAUGAAAAUAAUCUGAAACCUGUUCUUAAACACGUCAAGGCUUACAUCAAACCUGGGCAAAAGGUGGGCAUAUGCGGUCGCACUGGCAGUGGGAAGUCAUCUCUCUCUCUGGCUUUUUUCAGAAUGGUUGAUAUAUUUGAUGGAAAGAUUGUCAUUGAUGGGAUAGACAUCUCUAAACUACCACUGCACACACUGCGUUCUAGACUUUCAAUCAUUCUGCAGGAUCCAAUCCUAUUCAGUGGUUCUAUUAGAUUUAAUUUAGAUCCAGAGUGCAAAUGCACAGAUGACAGGCUCUGGGAGGCUCUAGAAAUUGCUCAGCUGAAGAACAUGGUCAAAUCUCUACCAGGAGGUCUAGAUGCAGUUGUCACUGAAGGUGGGGAGAAUUUUAGCGUUGGACAGAGACAGCUGUUUUGCCUUGCUAGAGCCUUUGUUCGCAAGAGUAGUAUUCUUAUUAUGGAUGAAGCGACAGCUUCCAUUGACAUGGCCACGGUGAGUGCAUUAGCUAAGCUUUUAGAAAUGUGCAUGAAAAUUACAAUCUAUUUUUUUCCUGAUUGGGUUCUGAAUCCUCAGUACUAUUGUUUUGAGUGUAGACGGUGGUGUCUGCUUCUGCUAGGGUGGUCUGAUCUCUGGUGUGGUCUCGCCCACGCCUACUGGCGCGCCUCGGCUCCGACCCGAGGCCGAAGGACACGCCUUUGGAGCACCAGGGGCUUAGGAGAUUUGUGUGAGGCGGAGCUGGCCUUAUGCAGUUGUCACUGCAAGGUGGGGAGAAUUUGCCGGUUUUGGACAGAGAGACAGCUCGGUGUGUUUGCCUUGCUAGAGCUUUGUUCGAAGAGCAGUAUUCGUAUUAUGGAUGAAGCACAGCUCAUUGACCAUGGCCACGGAUACCGUUCCAAACUUGCUCGCUCACAAGAAUGGCCUCUUUUCCACUUUGGUGAUGACCAACAAGUAGACCCUCAUCAUGAUCCACUCUGCCAAGUAACCCCAUUUCUGGUAGUUAUCUUAGCAAGAUCCCCUCCAAAGCAUCGGGUUCACACUAUUCUGACGGCAGACCUGGUUAUUGUGAUGAAGCGAGGAAAUAUUUUAGAAUAUGACACUCCAGAAAGCCUCUUGGCUCGGGAAGAUGGAGUAUUCGCCUCUUUCGUUCGUGCGGACAUGUGAAGGGGGGGAGUCUUAAAAUGAUGUAUGUGUUUAAAAUAAUGCAGUUGUAACCUAUUUAAUGGAUCAUCAGAUCGACUUCAUAAAGUGGCAUCUUAAAAUUUACAGAUUUUGCACAAGAAAAGAAGUUGACAGUUCUUUUUCCUGCUUUUUAUUUUAUUUUAUUUUUAUUUUUUUUGAGAG